UUUACAAAUCCUACAAAUGUAAUUAAACAACUAAGCACUAUUACUAUUACAAACACUGUAACAGAUAUACAGGAGAUACAAAUUGAUGAAUCAAGUGGUGGCUUUGCUAUAAUUAAACAGAUUAGAGGACCAGACUGUUUUAACGAUGAAGUUCAACGAUACACGUCCAAAAAAGCUUUGUAUUGUCAAGGCAUUGGCAUUGCUAAAAAAGGUAUUCAAGUUGCACUGAAUAGUGAUACUAUGAAUGAGUUUAUUGGUCUAAUGCACAUCUUUAUUGAAUCAAAAUCUAUUCAUGUUGACAACUCAUUAAGAUCGGAUAUUAUUGGAUUAAUAACAAAUCCUCAUGUUAUUUCACAUUGUGGUCGACCAAAGAAGCAGUUACAUGACUCUUUAGAAGUUAUUAACAAAUCGAAUUCUCAUCAAAUUCUUAAAUCUAAUAAAGUACUUAAUGAAUCUGAUAUUACAAACAAAUCAAUGCGCAAAUGUUUCUAUUGUAAUAAUACAGGUCACUAUGCUAAUACUUGUGAACUAAAUCCUAAAAACAAAAAAAAAAGUGUUUAG